AUGGGCGUUUUCAUCAAGGCUGUGUACCACCCCCUCCUCUCGCAACCCUUCAUCUCCCUCGCCCUGACAUCUCUCACCCUCCUCCUUCUCGUACUCGUUCUGUUGAGCGUACCCGGCCCGAUCAAGGGCAUGUACUGGUUCAGCGUUCAGGGUGAGGGAGACGGCCCUAUGAGCGCUGGCGUUCUGGGUUGGUGUAUGACGGAUACUUCAAACUGCACCUACGCACCCCUAAGCGAAAACGCCUACCUCUCAACAAUGAUCGACACUGGAGAAGCGCUCACCGUCCGCAUCAUGCUCCCCCUGGCUUGUUACUGGAUGAUUGUCGUCCUUGUCACCUGGGUAUGUCUCACCAUCGCCGCCCCGAUUGGCUACCGUAUUCGUGAUCUUGAUAGUAUCACCCGUCACCUGAGGUUUGCCGUGGCGGAAGCUUGUGUCCUCUGUGUGAGCUUGUUUGGUAACGUGCUUUGUUGGUUGGCAUUCGGCUUGGGGAGGGCGGCGUAUCUGAGUAUUGAGAGAGGCGGGGGUAAGCCCAAGAGCGGGCAUGCUAUGGAGACCACCGCUGUGGCGGCAGUCAUGUCCCUCCUCUCCCUGGGCACAGCCGUCUGGGGUCUCCAUCUCCGUCUGAAACAAGCUCAAUCUCACUGGCGGGACGAAGCCGUCAUGGUCCGUCGUCGCUCAAUGGCCCUCUUUGCAUCCGGCGCCGUCCGUCCGGAAGAUGCCAAUGCGCUCGCAAGCUUGGGCAUGACUGAAGGUGCAGUGGACAAGAGGGGCAGUAAGCGAUGGUCUUCCAGCUCUGAAGUUCCUGGAUAUCCUCAAAGCAGCAAUGGAUUACAGCACAGGGGUAGUAUGGUCAAGGCCACUUAUUCACCCGAGACGGAUUCAGAGGCGCUUCCUGCUGGUGAAGAGGAAGAACAGAUUGACGCCAAGUUGGCCGAAGCCAGGAGGAACUCGAUGGACCAAAAAAUGAUCUUGCGUAGGCAAUCGGUCAACGAUUCCCCUUAUGCCGUCGCCAACGGUACGCCCCGGCCCCCGCAUUAA